AUGGACACUGAGUUAGAAAAUGUUUUGGGGAACCUUAAUGAAGUAUCGAAGCUUCUGUUGAAUAAGAGUUUUCAAGAGGUUGUUAAUUAUUUCGAUAAACUUCUGAGAUCUGAUAAGUCAAAUAGAUUGAAUUCCCUUGAAGCACUUCUAGUAGGUGUCAGUAAACAUGAGCAGCUGUUAGAGAUAUAUGAGCAUGUUGUUGAUUUCUUAUGGUCAAAAGAGGUGGAUACUUCUAUUAGACUUAUUUUUUUUUCAUUUCUAAAUAAUAAUUUAGACUUUCUAGAAGAUUGGAAGGUUGAGCGUUUGUGCUUCCGAAUGAUUCGAAAACUAAUUUAUGUAUGCUCAGAGCCAUCACUUUUGUUCGAUGUUCUAGCCAGGGCAUUAGUGAAGCUGGAAAACUCUAAUACUGUUUUAAGUUCAAUGAUUGAUUCACUUUGUUCUGUAGAGUAA